AUGUCAGAUCACACGCCAGCUCCAUAUAGACCAAGAUCAGUGUAUGGAUAUGCUCUGUUUAUUGGAUCAAAUAUAGUAUUUUUCUUGUACAUCAUUUGGGCUGUAGUGCCAGAUGAAAUCUUACAUGAUCGUUUAGGCCUUACAUAUUGGCCUCUUAAAUAUUGGGCUGUAGCCAUUCCAAUAUGGAUUUUAACUGCAAUUGCAGUUUUUGCAUUUAUCAUAUAUCCAGCUAUCAAUUUAUUGAUGACACCAGACAUCGACGAUGUGAGAACAAUUAAGGACCAAUACUCACUUGUACAAAAUAUAAAUAUUCCAGGAAUAUUUCAUUCUAGACUAUUUAAAAACGUUAGCAUAAUAUUAAAAAUUUAA